GUCAUCGUCAAGGCGCGCGACGACCUGCGGCAGGAGCAGUUCGCCGCGCAGCUCCUGCGCAUGGCCGCGCGGAUCCUAGAGGACGCGCGCGUGCCCGUCGUUUUGAGGACCUACGACGUCGUCGCGACGGGCCCGGACGCGGGCCUCAUCGAGGCCCUGCCGGACGCGAUGUCGCUCGACGCGCUGCGGCGGAGCGACGGCGGCUCCGCGAAUUUGUUGGAUUUCUUCUAUCGGCGCUUCGGCGCGGGGCCGGAGCUCGCGCGCGCGCGCGCGAACUUUGUCGAGUCGCUCGCGCCGGCGUGCGUGCUGAGCUACCUGCUGCAGAUCAAGGACCGGCACAACGGCAACAUCCUAUUAGACGCCGCGGGCCGCCUCGCGCACGUCGACUUCGGCUACCUUCUCGCGUCGUCGCCGGGCGGCAACCUGGGGUUCGAGGCCGCGCCCUUCAAGCUCACGGCGGAGUUCCUCGACGUCGUCGGGCCGGACUACCGCCGCUUCCGGGACCUCUGCGUCCGGGUCUUUCUGGCGCUGCGGGCCGAGCGCCACAAGCUGCUCCUGCUCGCGGAGAUGACCGUGUCGGGCUGCGACCACCUGCCGUGCUUCGACGGCCGGCCGCGCGAGACGAUCGACGCGCUCCGGCGGCGCUUCAAGCCCAAGCUCAGCGACCGCCAGGUCCGCGCCUUCGUCCACGGCCUCAUCGACAAGUCGACGAACAACUGGCGCACCCACGCCUACGACCGGUACCAGCGCGUCUGCGUCGGGAUCUUCUAA